AUGUCCGACUCACCCGUCACGCACGCCCCGGUCGGGCCACAAGAGAAGCCGAUCCUCGAGAAACUCCUCAUGACCCGCGAUAAGUUACUGCUCUUGAAGCAAGACAAGUCGACAUACGUCAAAUCCCAAGACGUCCUACCACUGUACGAAGAAAUCAUCGACCAAAUCCACAAUCUCAACGAUGUCCGAGGCUCCCAUCUGGUCCAGAACCGAGUAGAUACCGUGCUCGACGACUGCCUGCAACUGAUAUCGCUCUUCUUUAUGGCAGUUGGCAGAAAUAGCGAAGCGCCUGGUAUAUACGCUGUGACCUCCACGAUCACCCGCCUUUGUGAGCAUCUCAAGGAAGCCGCGUUCUACAGUCAAAAGGAUCUCGAUAGUCUCGAUCACACGAUAACAAAGAUGGAAGACACACUCUCACGAUCACACGAGAAGUACUCGCCAUAUCUCCUCACAAGAAUCCAGUACCGCCUGGAGAUUUGCAGAGUGCUUCUGAAGGAGCUGCGGGAAUUUCUGUCAACGCUCAGUCCAGAGAUGGUACCCAUCUGGGAGAAGUUGGUCGCGAUACUAAGGUCAAUCGCAGCGUUGAACACCAGAAGCACUUAUAACAAGAAGGAUCUUGAAGACUUACGAAGCAAGCUGAAGGAUAUCGAGAACAGCAUGCAGGAUGGCAAGCUCCCUGGAGAAGAUGGCAACGUCGGCUCUGGCCAGAAUUUGGUUGUGCCGUUGCUGCAGAGAUGUCAGAAGUUCUGCGAGAUCGUUGAAGAGAAGCAAGGCAAGAUCGAUGAGCGCUUCCAGGAAACCUAUGACAAACUUAUCGAAAUCCGCAAUAACCUCGACCGAUUGACGAUGACUCAAGCAUGGUCGCUACGCGAGACAGAUCUGUUCAUGUGGCAGAGGAAACUCGAUCGCAUUGACGAUUCGAGGAGGGAUGGUAAUUUCUUUGAUGCAGAGGGUCGUCCUGCCGAUCUGCAUGCUCAGCGAACACUGCUGUACUUAAUCCGACGUGGAUAUGCAUACGUCUACCAGCUUCUCCUCGCUUCAGAACCAGUUUCAGAAGCGCUUCUACCAGUGUACAACCAGCUACUUACCCUGCGCCGAUGUCUGGUUGAGGUAAAGAAAGCCGGUGGAGUGACGAGUCCCCGAGAGCUGUACCCCUACAGCAUGAAGCUGAAUUCCAUCGACAAUAUGAGAGUCGAUGGCAAAUUCCAGGUCGGCAACGACAUUCCAGAGGGGCAGGGCGCGGUGCAAGACCUGUUGGCGGAGUGCUACGACCUUGCAUAUGAGCUGCGGACAAGCGCAGAGUCAGAGCAGGAUGACGAGGAUUGA